AUGAGAUUCACGAUAAAAUUCCUGGCCGUGGCCAGCCUCAUCGCGAACACAACUUACGGCAGAGUAAUACAGCAAUCGCUUUCCGACUCAUCCGGUAGUCUAGGAGAAGGGUUGCAGACUCGUGACGUAACCUUCCCGUUGGCCAGCAACGAUCAAGUCUUGCUCGAAGAAACCCCCUUUGCUUCCGGCAUGCUCGGGGGAGUUAAAGACAUUCAUAUUCUCCACCACAAAAAUGUGAGGCAGGGCGAGCGCGUCCAGGGCGGCCAGAAGCUGAGGAUUCUAGGUGUCGGGGACUCGAUCACCGUAGGAUUCUUAAGCGAUCAGGACGGUGGCGAUGGCAGUGGAUAUCGACAAGCGUUGCGCGACGACCUUUCCAGAAAUCAAGUUGCGUUCGCUGGAACAGAGUAUAUGGCUUCUUCGUUGAAGGACAACUACUUUGCUGCAUGGUCAGGGAAAACAAUCAAGUAUAUUUCAGAUAAUGUUGAUGCCUCCCUCCGACAACAACCAAACCUCGUUCUCUUGAGUGCCGGUACAAAUGAUAUGAAUUCAAUGUCAUCUAUCUCCACCGAAGGCAAUGACCCUAAAAAGGCUGCAGAGCGCCUCGGUUCUUUGAUUGACAAGAUCCAUCAUGCCUGCCCUAAGGCGGUCAUCUUGGUUUCUAUGAUCGCUAAUGUCUGCGAUAAUUCCGAGUAUCAUGAUCAGCACGAGAGGACGAAACGGUUCCAAAAGCAUAUUGCCGAUGUCGUAAAGACCAGAUACCACAGGAAUCAAACUGUGCUCGCAGCGGACUUUUCUCCAUUCGACACAGGCGACAGCCUUCGGGAUUGCGUUCAUCCAACAAAUCGCGGGUAUCAAGUAAUGGGAGACUGGUGGUAUGACUUUAUCGCGCAGUUGCCAAAUGGCUGGGUUUCAGAGGCACAGGGCAGCGAUCCUCACGAGACAUGA